AUGUCGGGGGCGACGGGCGGGCUGGCGGCGGUGCUGGGCGCGGAGGAGGACGCGGAAGGGCUGUAUGUGGCGGUGGAACGCUGCCCGCUCUGCAACACCACGCGUCGCCGCCUCACCUGCGCCAAGUGCGUGCAGGGUGGAGACUUCGUCUUCUUCGACGGCCGCGACUCUGAGAGGUUUUCAGACAAGAGAGAGAGGUUAAUGCAUCUUAAAAACAAACAGAGAGAAUUCCAAAAACAUGUUUUGAAGGCCAUGGCAGGGAAGGAGGUUACUGAUCAGCUGAGGUGGAAAAUAAUGUCUUGCAAGAUGAGGAUUGAGCAGCUGAAACAAACCAUUUGCAAAGAGAAUGAUGAGAUGACAAGAAACGCAGAGGGGCUUCUCAGAGUUAAAGAUGAAAACCAGAAGCUUAAUCGCAGGGCUCAGAGGCACCAGGAGAAGAAAGAGAAGAUCCAGAGGCAUAACCGCAGGCUGGGAGAUUUGGUGGAAAAAAAGAAUUGUGAUCUGAAAACCCAGCAUGAGCACUUGGCAGAUCUUCGACGGUCUCACAUACUGGAGCUGACCUCUGUCAUUUUUCCCAUUGAAGAAGUGAAGACGGGUAUGAGAGAUCCUGCGGAUGUUUCUUCUGAGAGUGAUAAUGCAAUGACCUCUAGCACUGUGAGCAAGCUUGCAGAAGCCAGGAGAACAACCUAUCUCUCUGGAAGGUGGGUGUGUGACGAUCAAAACGGAGACACCAGCAUCAGCAUCACUGGUCCUUGGAUAACCCUUCCUAAUAAUGGAGACUAUUCAGCAUAUUACAAUUGGGUGGAAGAGAAGAAAACCACGCCAGGACCAGAUAUGGAGCAUAAUAACCCUGCCUACACCAUCAGUGCUGCAUUGUGCUAUGCAACUCAGCUGGUUAACACCUUGUCUCUUAUACUUGAUGUAAAUCUUCCUAAGAAAUUGUGUAACAGCGAAUUCUGUGGAGAGAACUUGAGCAGGCGGAAGUUUACCGGGGCAGUGAAGAAGCUGAAUGCUAAUAUCCUUUACCUUUGUUUUUCUCAGCAUGUAAAUUUAGAUCUGUUGCAUCCAUUACACACACUCAGGAACCUCAUGUACUUGGUCAGUCCAGACACUGAAAACCUGGGCAGAUCUGGGCCUUUCGAGGUCAGUGCUGAUCUUGAAGACUCCAUGGAGUUUGUGGACCCCAGUGCUGCUGGUGAGACGGACGAGAGUGGAGAUGAGCAUGUCAGCGAUGAAGAGACAGAUCUUGGGACCGACUGGGAAAAUCUGCCAAGCCCGCGGUUCUGUGAUAUCCCCUCGCAGCCGGUAGAGAUGUUUCAGAGUCAGAGUACGCAGGUGUCCCAGCCCAUUGCCAGCAGCAGUGCUGGUGGCAUGAUCUCUUCUGCUGCGGCCUCUGUGACCUCGUGGUUUAAGGCAUACACUGGACACCGUUAAUGAGCACACAGGACGAGUUCGCCAGACUAGUGGAAGGAAUCCCUGCCCCAGCCGACGCUGUAGGAAACCUUUCCCUAUUCAGUUAAGUAGUGCCUGGAACAAACAAAAGGU